UAUCUCUAACCGUUUUGGCAGCAUCUUGAAAAAUACGAGACAAAGUGCGCAAAUUAAAAAAAAUCUCAUGACAGUUAUGUGACAGUCGUCAAAAUGUCGUUUGGGGUCAAUUUGGACUCCUCCAUGGACUCCAUGGAGGAGACCCGCUUUAAGAAAAAACACUCAGAUCUGAUACAAAAACUCGCCAAAAAACUACACUUCACUUAUACUGAACUCGAAUGCAUCUUUAUCAUCUACUACAAGCUGCAAAAAGACAAUGCUGAUAAGAACCAGAACGGAAUUUCCAAAAACCAACUACGUGAUGUCCUCCAUAGUGGUCUGGACAUGACAGAUGAUGGGCUAAUGGACCGGAUUUUCUCAGUUUUUGAAAGGGGCCCCAGCACGUGUGUCUCAAUGGAGACUUGGGCCACGGCUUUAUCGCUUUGGUUGAGAGGGACUUUAGAGGAGAAAAUUGACUAUUGUUUUUCGGUUUAUGAUCUUCUGGGUGAUGGUUUAAUUGGACGCGAGACAAUGUUUUAUUUUUUGAGGACGUCUCUGAUCAGCCAAAGUAGCGAAGACGAUGCCGAGGAGUCGGUCAAAGACAUGAUUGAAGUAAUUACGAAAAAAAUGGACGUGGACCGUGACGGUAAAAUCUCCUACAAUGAUUACAAAACCACAGUUUUACACCAACCCAUGAUGUUAGAAGCCUUGGGUCAGUGUCUACCAACCCGUGAAGCUGUCCACACUUUCAUAACAACAUUUACCCCAAGAAUUGGCAAAAUGUAACAAAAAAAAAAAAAAUAAUAAACGAACCUCAACUUCA